AUGCUGCGCACCCUUUCAAAUUGAACAUUUAAGGAAGACUUCCAACCUCUAUUCAGCCGAAACUUCAAAUAAUAUUCAGCUCACGAUGUUAAUCGCACGUGCACGAGACUGGGACUUCACCAUGAAUAGCGAAGCUGACUCAGCUCCAUUCUUCCAUCUUGCUUCUCCUCCUCAGUCGCCCGGUGGUUCUCCAAUCCUUCCUAUAUCUCAAAAUACUCCGCCUUCUGCUUCCUUCCCUACUGGCGUUGAUAGUGGCCCAACUUGCAACAUCACAAUCAUGCCGACAUUCGGUAUCAAAGCACUCAGCGCCGUUUUAGCUUUUUUUGCUUUCCUGAUUUUGAUCGUCGGUGAAAGUGAUCAUGAUUCUUUCAUUGUAGCCGAAAUAUUCCUCGUUUUACAGUCGAUGUGGAACAUCUUGAUGAUAGCAGGAUACUACUUGCGGGGUUCGCAGAGAAGGCAUGCCAAUGAGGCCAAUGAGAAGAAAAUCCGAUUUGUCGAUAUGGGAUUAAUAGUGGGAUUGGUGCUAUCUCUAUCUGUGGGCUAUUUGGUAUUUGCAGGAACGAGGAGGUGGUACUAUUCCAAUUGGAAUUGGUUUUGGGGCUGUUUGCUUGGGUGGAUUGUUGUCAUAAGUCAGACUAUUAUUAUAGUGGGUGGGCAACAGUUCGAUAAAAAGAGGAUCACUAUUAAGAUAAGACUUGUGGAAAACAUGGAAAGAUAACAAAAAAAAACCCUUGGGGAACUGUGCUAGGAGUUCUCGCAAUGAGAAUGGUCGGGCGGAGGGUUUGCAAACUGCAAUGGCGUUCAUUCAGUGGUGAUCAGAUAGACUUUAGAGGGCGCAUUAAAUUGUAUAGUUAUUAUCAUACGUAUCUGCCAAGUCACUGUAUGGGAAUGGAUCUGGCCACGCUUUUUCACAGAGUGAGAAC